UUAUGUCUGUAGAGUUUUGUUGGGUUUUUUUUCUCUUUAAGAUAGUUUUUAUGGCACUCUCUGAGGUUUUAUUGCUUGCUCUCUCCUGCUCCUACCUGAGCAACACUGAAAGUAGGAGGGUUGCCCCUUCUCAGUUAAGCGGACCUCUCCUGCGGCCCCAAAAGACUGUUGGAAAUGCAGAAGAAUUUUCUUCUUACCCUUCAGUAUCAACAAAACCCCAAAAAGCAGUUGGCUGGACAGGACCCUGUCCCUCACGUGUAACACCUGGCGCCACGUAAGACAACCGGAGCGUUGUCCGAGGGGAGCACCUCUGUAGCACGGCCUGCAGUCCUGCCUUGCGCUGUCCGACCACAUCCCCCCCGCACACGAGGUGAGCCGUCCUGCGCCUGCAGCUCGGAACUUCCAGGUCUGUAUUUCCCCACAGACACAGGUGAACUGCUGGCAGUGCCUAGGGCACCUACCGUUUUCAGAAGGUGAGGAAUUAGCCUGACAGUCCUGGCCACCUUUGUGUGUAACUGCACCUGCCAGGCUCCAGGCUUUAAAAGAAACAAACAAAAAACCCUUUCUGACAUAAACUGUGGUAUCACAACAUCACUGAGUACUGGUAGACUGUUGCCAUGUUCCACUCACAGCGUUUCAAUAGAAAUUGAAAUUAUUUCAUUAUAGCAAGUCAGUUAAGUACUUUGGGAUUCUUCUUGGUUAAGGUUAUAGAAAGAAUGUGAAAUCCUAUAAACCAUGCUUUUUGGUUGACAACACUAUAGCCUUACUUUUAACAUAUAACAAAAGAAAAUGGCAAACUUUUCAGAAAAAAAGAAGUAAGAAAAUUUAUAAAAAGCAUAGAACAUUUCUUACGUGUCAACUUUUUAUAUAUAUAAAAAACCUAUAUAUGAUAUCAAUAGGUAUAAAUAUCAGUACUUAAUUACAGGUAUAAUAAUAAUUUGAGAGGAAUAUCCGGACACGUUUUGUUAACUGUUUUCUGUUAGAAUGAUAAUUAAUAAUUUUAAUAUUGAAGUGAAAACGAACAGUUAGUUGCUUCUGCAUCUGAGCUGUAUGAAGAUUUUGUUUUUCUAGUUACAGUUGUUGAUAGCCAGCUAUUGCUAUGUAACAUGUCUAGGAGGCAUUGGUAUAGAGAGGCAAAGACCCUGUCUGUCAUGAUUUGUGUUUAUAACUUUAGCUUCAGCCACAGGUGAGUUGCAGUGGUAUAAAAUAAUAUUUUAUAUCUCUUUUGCUUGCAUGCCAUGAAAUUCUGCACCAUUAAAAUUAUAUCAGAAACUGUUGCUCAUUUCUGAAUCCUUAACAUAGGUGUCAUUACAUUUUUCUACCUAUAGAUUCUAAACUGACUCCACUAGUUUGUAUUCCUUUCUCUCCUCAUAAUUUUCAUACAGAUCACAUCACCAUAUGAUUUGAGAGCCUUCCAGAAAUACAUUAUGGAAUCAUGGAAUUGUAGAAUGGUUUGGGUUGGAAGGAACCUUAAAGACCAUUUAGUUCCACCCCCCCCGCCAUGGGCAGGGACACCUUCCACUAGGCAACCUGGCCUUGAACACUGCAGCUGUUGCUUUUGUCAUAUGUGGUUUGUUUUUUCCUCUUUCCUAAAGUAUUGUUCAGGUUGGAUAUCUUUCAUUUCUGUAUUGAGAUAAAUAGGUGUAGAAGCCUUCCGUUUGAAAUGUGACAGAAUAAAAUCUCUGGUGCUUUUUCCCCAUCUUCUGGAUCUGGUCUCUAGGAAAGCUGUGUACUUACUGGACAAAUAAAAUAAUAUUAUUCCCUAAACCUCCAGUGCUAGAUUUUCAGGAAAGAUUGAACUGAAGGGUUUUUAAUCACAUUUAUAAGCAGUCAGAAGGUUUCAUGUUGUCAGAAUUUGAAAGAAAAAUAAUAAAGACUGCCAAUUGCUAAAUGCCGUAUUAUCUCAUAUGACCAUAUAGGUUAAAAAAAAAAGCAUUGGUAAGCAUUCUUUUUGCUUUCCUUUGUUUGAAUUAAUUUUGAAUAUAACACUUAAGGAAAUUAUCAUGACCUAUACUCUUAACAUCUUCCUUUGAAAAUAACAUGUUGCUGUGUUAGUAAUGCCAGAGUGCUGUAAUCUCUUCAAAACACAUACACUGUUAGCCUGAGUCAUGCUGAAGUAGCGUCAAUGAAGCAUCGUUUUCUACUUUAAUAGGAACUUUCCACAGCUUGGAAUGGAAGUAUGGAUGGUACUUUGUCAAACAGAUUUGACUUUGUCAAGUUACUCUUCUGUUGGACAUGUUAUCUCAUGGAUGCUGUACUGAGACUCUUUGAAUUUCACAGACCAAACUGGAUUGAGCCUGGCCAGACUCAAUGGGCAGAGUAACUCAGGGUGUGUUUAUGCACUGCUUGAGCAGCUUAAUUCUGUAGGAUGUUUAUAGUCUCCUCCAUGCCUCAAAAGCAGGAUGAAAUAAAGCACAAAAAAUGUUUUGAUUGGAAUUUCAACAAGUGGGCAAUAGAGAGGAGGAGUCGACUAUAAAGGAAAUGGGAGAUAACAGGGUGGUGACUUUCUGUAGAUGCUUUUGGAAAUGAAGAUGAGUAAAUAAUGUUUGAUGCAAUACAGAAGAAGGAACUAGCAGAAUGCUUCAGAAAAGAGAUGUGGUCAGGGUAAUGGUCUACAUAAACAAUCUUGGGUUGCGGUUUCAGAGUUGCUAAUUCCAGGGCUGUGCAUGGCCCAGUCUCCCAGCAGUACUAAAUUGAUUUGGAUCAGGUAUGACCAUGGUGUCACAUUGCUCUCACAUUAGCUUCUGCCCAUGCUGCAGAGUUUUUGUUCAGCUUCUGGAAGGACUGACAAUACCUGAUCUGGUUUUAAUAUCUGCUGGUACAAAAUUAUCCCUUCAGUGUUUUUUCUGAACAAAUUUGAAUUGGCAGAAUUGGUUAAAUUGCAUUAGUGGUUUCCAUUUGAUGGCUGUGGUGUAUUUGAUUAUUAAUAGGAGGCCUGCAGUCAGCUUUAUUGUUGGAUUUACAGCAUUUACAGCAGUUGAUGGCUGUUGUGUUAUGAGCUGUGCUGGUUAAUGCGGAAGGGAGAGGUAUUGGGCCAGCCUAGGUAUGGAAGCAAGAGACCUAAACAAGGGUCUUAGUUGCAUGGAUGGAUCAAAGGACUUUGUCUUAGAGAUGCCAUCUAGAAGAAGUCUAAAAUUUAGAUGUACCCUUGGUGCUAGGAUCUACAAAGAGGUUUCAGUCAGAGCUAAGUUGACGUACAAGCGUGAGUGACAGGUAGACUCGUGAUGUUAUCUACAGAUAUGCACAAAGAUAAUAGGAGGACUUUCAGAGAAGAGGAACCAUGUUCUACCUCUACUGAGGUUUAUCUUCCUGCUAGUCAUCCAAAGAAAGGAGAAAAAAGGCUAUGAUUUGAGUUUAGAUAGAGGGAGAUAGCUCUGGGAAGAGGAGCAGGUCUGUAAAUAAUCUGCAGAGAGAUCUUAGUUGUAUUUGUAUUUCAGAUGAGAUAAAUCAGAGAUAAUGUGGGAGGAUAAAAGGAGAAGACCAAGGAUACAGUCCUCUGAGAGUCUGUCAAAGAGCACUUGGAAGGAGGGCUUAAAGAGUGAUGCUGCUGCUCACUGGACCUGCAUGUCUGCUGUUCUACUGAGUUCCUUUGGCUCCUGAAAGUGUCCCAAUGAAUGCCAAAAUCAGUACAGGCUAGUCAGGAGCACCCAGCCAAGAGUGCAGUUUUGCGAGGUGGGGUAUGUCACCUUCUUAGUAGCCAUGAACUGUGAGGCCAACUUAGUGUGUCUUCUGGAGCUGAACCACUGGGGCCAUGAUAAAAUCCUACAAUGAUGUUUUGAAUGGGUGAAGUGAAGAGGGGAAAAGGGGAAUAAAAAAAAUGCCCAAGCAAACUGCAGUGACGAUUACUUUGGCGACCCUGCUGGGUGUUGCAGUAGGGGGCCUGGUUUUAUGGAAAGCAACCCAGCGUCGGAAAGGAAAAGCAUGCUGUAGUAGUCAGCAAGAGGAAGCAGUUGUAAACUCGGGAGAUGAGAAACUGAUUAAGGCAGAGGAUAAGGAGGUGCUUUCCUUAUUCAGAUCUCCCACUUUCUCCUGGGUAGAGAGGACCCUUGGUGCAGACAUAGUGAUAGUUUCAGAGCAGGAGGAGUGGGAUUGUGUUGAACCUUUGCUGAAGAAGGAGCUGGAGAAGUGGCCAGUGCUCGGAAUGGAUUGUGAAUGGGUAUCUGUGGAGGGAAAAGCAAAUCCUGUAUCCCUCCUGCAGAUGGCUUCCUCCAGUGGCCUCUGCGUUCUUGUUCGGUUGCCCAGACUGGUUGCCAGUGGACAGACUAUCCCGAGGACCCUGUUGGACAUCAUGGCAGAUAGUGCUGUGUUGAAAGUUGGGGUAGGAUGCUGGGAAGAUGCUUGCAAGUUACUUAAUGAUUAUGGUCUUCCAGUCAAAGGGAGCAUGGAUCUCCGGUAUUUAGCCAUGAAACAGCGGAAGGAUCUACUUCACAACUGCCUUAGCCUUAAGUCUUUAGCUGAAAAAGUCCUGAACUAUCCGCUUGACAAGUCUCCUCGUGUACGUUGCAGCAACUGGGAGGCAGAACAACUAACACAAGAUCAGGUUCUCUAUGCUGCUAGGGAUGCCCAAGUCUCACUGGCUCUGUUUUUCCAUUUGCUGGGAUUUGCCACCCUCCCUGCUAUAUCUGAUGGUGAAAACUCUGUUGCUGCUUGGGAAAAAGCACUGGCUAAAUGCCGGGCCUUUGUGGAUAUCCCAUUUAGAGGAAGAAGGAUUGGUAGCACAGGAGAGGAGAAGAGUGGAGAGGGACGCUCUCCUCAGAAAACAAAGACUCGGAAAUCAUCGGUGAAUGGCCAGCCCUCUGGCUGUCAGCAAGUGAAAGAUCCUCGGAGGCAAAAGAGAAAGCCUCUGGGUGUGGGAUAUUCUGCACGAAAGUCUCCACUGUAUGACAACUGCUUCCUGCAUGCACCAGAUGGACAGCCCCUGUGCACUUGUGAUCGCAAGAAGGCUCAGUGGUAUCUGGACAAGGGGAUUGGAGAGCUAGUUAGCACAGACCCAUUUGUGGUGAAACUGCGGUUUGAGCCUUCAGGACGUCCUGAGUCUCAAGUUGAUUAUUAUCUGACAGUCAAAGAGAACCUGUGUGUUGUAUGUGGCAAGCGAGAAUCCUAUAUCCGGAAGAACAUUGUUCCUCACGAAUACCGAAGACACUUCCCCAUCCAGAUGAAGGACCACAAUUCCCAUGAUGUGCUCCUGCUCUGCACAUCCUGCCAUGCCAUCUCCAAUUACUAUGACAACCAUCUCAAGCAGCAGCUGGCUGAGGAGUUUGGUGCCCCCAUCGGCUCGGAAGAAGGCGUGCGUUUGCUGGAGGACCCUCUGCGCAGGCAAGUGCGCUCGGGGGCCCGAGCACUGCUGAAUGCAGACAGCCUGCCUAACCCUCGAAGGGCAGAGCUUCUGCAAAGCAUCAAGGACUUCUUUAACACAGAGACAGUCACCCCCGAGAUGCUCCAGGAAGCAGCUGGUCUGGAAACCAGGAUCUGCAAUGAGAGCUACAUGCCACAUGGACUGAAGGUGGUGCAGUGUUUUGCUAAAGGAGGCCUGCGCUCCCUCAUGCAGUUGGAGAGACGCUGGCGGCAGCAUUUCUUGGACAGCAUGCAGCCCAAGCACCUCCCAGAGCAAUGGUCAGUGGACCAUAACCACAUGAAGCUGAUCCGAAAGUAUGGGGAGGAUCUUCAGAUUGAGCUGUCGUGAAACUACCUUCCUGGACUCUAGACAGUGUCUAAUGGACAUAUGUAACUGAAGGCGGAAGGACUGUUUUUAUUUCUAUGUUUCCACUAAAAUCUGGGCCUGGGUUUGCAAACAGGCAUCAGUAGAUUUGACAUUUAUAGAGUUAAAUCCAUUGACUUGAAUUUUCAGGUGGUUUGGAAUUUUUGAUCCUAUUUUGUCAGUGACUAGUUCAGUGCAAGAGUGAUAUGCUGAGGGAACCUGUCUUCUCAAAGUGACUAUGGAGUUAUUUUCUCCCCCCCAGGAUGUCUGAGGCCUCCAGACUGUCUCUCUUACUACAGAGCACAAUAAAUGAAUAUUUCCAGGUUUUCUGAUAUAAAGGAUAGCCAGGGGUGUAGAAAUAUCUGCACCCUUGGCUAUACUUUGAGAACCUCCUGAUAAAAGUCUGUCUUUGCUUUCAGUGUAGUUGUACGCAUAUGAGUUGUUCUCAGAGAAGACUCCCUGCCAGGGAGAGAUUCCUUGUUUGGAAGUGGCAAAGAAACCUUACAUUUUUUUGCAGAUUCUGAGCUGUAUCAGCAUUGCAGACAGGUCUCAGUGAGUUUCCUGGUGGCGGGUGCCUGAUGAGAAGUAACACUGACUCUGGCCGUAUGGAAGCACCCAUGUCGGUCAAGUCUUUUCUGAAAGAGCUUCCAGCAACACACAGUCUGUUGAGGGGAGGAAAAAAAAAAAAAGUUCUUUCCCGAUUCCACUUGUCUAUUAUGAAUAGCUCUUGAUGGGUACCUUUUCAUAUCAGACUGAAAUGAGGUCAAGUGUCUUAAAAGCGAUGAGAGGAGACAAAUUUAAUUUACAGACCAACAUCUUUUAAGAGGUCACACCAGGUGUGGCAGAAAACUGAAAAAUCCGAUAUUCUGUUCCUGGAUUUGACAUGUGUCGUGGCAAGCAGGUCAUACUCUCUCCAUGCCUGUUUCCCUGUCUCUAAAAUGGGACUAAUAAUGCUUAACUAUCUCACAAGGGUGUUGUGAGGCUUAAUUAAAUAACGUUUUUCUAAAAUGCUUUGAAAAUAUAAACCAGUGUGUGCUAAUUAUUACUGUUGUUUUUUAAAAUGUGUUGUUGUCUGACUUUCUUAAAUAUUCGUGGUUUUUGCCUGUUGCUAGACUUUAGUUAAAUAUAACUUUUUAAAAAUAUAUACCCCUUUCUGUGAAAUCA